AUGAAGUGUCCACAUGUCCAACUGUUGUUCCAGUUGCAGGCGCUUCUGCGGGUGGAGCUGUUCUCCGCGCUGUCUGACCAGCAGCUGAUCCUCAACACCUCAGGGGAUUCUCAUAAGGGGAGGAGGAACAGCACUGAGGAAGAUGGGGAUGACACAGACGAUGAGGAUGAUCUGAAGUUGAGUGAAGAGGAAGAGGAGACAGUGUUGGAGAUCUGUGACCUCCUCAGGCCCAUCUCUUUUGCCACAGAGCCAGGCUACCUGGCUUCUUUGCUGGAGGAGCAGUUUGUCAACAACUAUGUCCAUAACAUGGAGAGGUUGCUGAAGGGAGUGUACAGAGAGCUGGGUCUGACCCUGCCUGACCUGCUGGCACCAGGACUGGACGAGAAACAUGACCUCCCUAACAAAGCCUCCGUCGGCCCUCCCACAUCGGUCACCUCUGCUGUGGACUCUGCAUCCUCGGUCAGCUCACAGAGGGGUUCCCGGCGGUUUGUGAGGAACCCCAGUCUGAUGGAUGCUGGCCAGAAGAAGGCGAUCCUCGUACCUGUGGCUCCUGCAGACAAGGCAAAAAAGAGUAAAAGGAAAAGGAGGAAGUCUGGCAGUACCAGGAAAAAACGUUCUGAUCCUGUUGUUGUGAAAGAAGAAGAUGUAAGUGAAGUGAAGAGAGUUCGGAGGAACCUGAGCAUGCUGAUGGACGGGAGUCAGUCCCCCAGUAAGCUGACCCGGCGUGCCUCCAUGCCCGCCCCCUGCGCCCCCAGCCCCAGGAAGAGUCCGCGCAGGAGCAGCACCAAGAGGGUUACCACACCCAGAGGUCGGCAUGUACUGAAGGACAACACGGUGGAGGAGACCCCUGCCAAGAAGCAGCUGUCCAACGCCCUGUGGCAGAAACAGGAGAGGGCUCGUCUCCGCGCCAGGACCAACUCCGAGGUGUUCGUCGUGGGCGAGUCUCCGGUCAAGCCGCUCACUGCACCAGGUACUGAACCAUUAAGAAGAAGUCCCAGGAAGCAUGUGUCUAGUUUCAGGAGAAGGCCUUCCUUCUAUGACCCCAGCAAACGUUCUCGGUAUGUGGUGUCUGCCCAGAGAGUGGCCAAGAAAAUCCGCGGCUGCAACACUUCACCGAUAAAGAUAGACUUCACCUCCCCACGGAGGACACCCAGAAAGUCUCCUGCCAAGUUCCUCCUGUCAGAGUUGCUAGGAUCUGCUGGUAAAGACAGUCCCAGGAAGAAGACUCCUGAGUUGAGAAGAACUCCCAGGAAGACAGGGCGCAGUGCAGCCACAAAUGAAGCGGUAGUUGCACUAGAGACACCAGAGAAGAAUUUCAAAACGCCUACAAAGAGAGGGAGCAGCGGUCGCAGCUUCACACCAAACAAGAGUAGGAGGACACCUUCAAAACCCCUACAGACCCCUACAAGAGGACAGUCACCUUUCAGAUCGCCAUCUGCUUCAACACCUCCAACAGGAACACCCUCAAAGCGACGGAAUCCAGGGAUAAAUGAAAUGAACAGAACGCCUCAAAAGAUGGUUCGUAACACGACAGACUCUCCAAGUAAGAACCUUCGGUCUAUGAAGCACAUCUCUGCUGUAUCUAGCCUUGAAGAAACAGUCUUGCACGUACCAGAGACAGUGACCAGUGACCUGUUGAUGACCCCUUCAAAGAGAGUUAGGCUGGAACUACUGUCCACCGGAUCCUCUCCCAAUAAAACGAAUCAGCCCCCUCCUCCAUCAGCAACGCCCAAAAAGGGAAUCCUGAAAUCUCCUUGCAAAGUUUUCCUCCAAAACACUAAUACAGAAAACGCUGACGUCCUCAGACUGUUCCCAGGAAGUGUUGCAGACUCACUCAACAAGUCUCCUGCCUUCAGCACCCGUUCUAAGCUCCCUGACACCCCACCGCAGGGCUGUUCGACCUCCCAAUUCUCUACCUCACCAAAAGAUGCCAAAACAAGAACUCCGGACUCCAUCAGCAAGUGGCCCCGGAAGAAAAGGCCCACAGACUCAUCUCCUGUGCAGAGCUUGAACACACCAAAGUCCACUACCACUACUCCCUCCCCAAGAACCAAGACCCUGAUGGGAAGGCUGGAAACAAGUUCUGCACUAAGAAGGUCUCCGAGAAGCAGGAAACCCAGCAGGGCAAGAGGGAGACUAGAUGUGGGUGAAAAGACAGAGACAACAGAUUUCUUGGACGAUAUUGAGGUAGUGAAUAGGAUGGUAGAAGACAUACCAACUUUUGACCAGGCAGAGAAAAAUAAGGUCCCUUCUACCUCACCUCUGUCAGCAAAAGGUCUGCUUGCGCUUACACAGUCACCAAUAUUGACCAACAUGUCGUCACGCAGAAAACGUACGCCCUCAGGAUCUUCUAAGGUUACAAACUUAACAUGCAGCAUAAGGUCCCGGUCCAAGUCACCAGAUUUUGGCAGUUGUAGUCAGCAAAGCGAGUCUGCGGGAGGGUGGUCACUGUUAAUGGGAAGAAAGAGGAAGAGAAGUGGCAGUGGAGGACAGCAUAACGAUAUCGGUGGCCCUGUGGAAGAAGAUGUGUGGGAAUCUUCUAGAAAGAAGAGCCGGACUGACUUCGGAAGUAGUCCGGAGGAAGGUCUGAGGAGCAGGAAGAACAGGCUAAGCUUGAGUAGGAAGAAAAAGCUGCAGAUGGAAAUAAAAGGCAAGUCAGACAGCCAAGAAGUCGACAUGGAUGUCAGUGCUUUGUCGUGUGCAAGCCUCGACAUAUCCUCUGCUGAUGAGGAUGUGUUUUAUUCUGUGGACAAUUCAGCAGGAGUAAAGAAAGGUGGGGUUGAGACAUCUGAGAGUGCAAAGCAUCGAUCAAGUCAGGACAAAGAUGCGACCAGUAGUCACAGUAGUCUCCAGUGCACGCCACCAGUCAAGAAGAAAUAUUCCUCGGCUCCACUCUCUGCACAUGGCCUGCUGAAGCUAACACAGUCCCCGCUUCUAACAAGCAGACAUACCAGUGACAGCCCUAAGAUGCCUGCAAGAGAGACAUCCAUGUCUCGGAGUAACUCCUCACUUCAGUCGGAAGACGUGAUCGAUUACAUCUCCCCUCCUCCAAGUCCCCAGCAUGGAGAGAGUACUAAUAAGUUGUCUGUAUUUGGAUCCCCUCACAGAGAGUCACAGAACAAGGACAGACAAAUGUCACCCUCAUCCAGCAUGGGACAUUACCUGCUGUCAUCCUCCCCUCCCACCAAACAAAAGGUUUCCUCUACAAGUAAGGCAUCACCUCGGAGCAGGAGAACUUUGUCCAGGUCAGGGGAGACUCUGCUAAAGUCCAAGGUUUUACAGAAGUGUCCAACUGCAUCUUCAACAGUUUCAAAUUCUAGUUGGUCCUCUCCAAAUAAGAGUGAAGGAAGUAAAACUUUAUGUACUUCUUUGAGAAGCCCGAGGCUUCGCAUUAAGACUCCUCCCCAGUCCAGUGAGCCAACGGCUUUAAGGAAGUCACCAAGAAACAUGAAGAAAGCCGGCGCAAAGAGAAAUCUAGGACAGCUGUACAGACCAAAGGAUGAAGUACCACAGGAAAAUGUGAAACUGUGCAGGAAGAAGUCUGUUCAGAGUUUAUGAGUUUUAACCUUCCUCCUACGUGGGGUUUACUUAGGUGCACAUUUGUGUGUGUCAGCAGUAUGCAGGUUAAUUGGAGUAACACGAAAAAGAUUGUAUAUUUGCUUAAAUCUCGUAUCUAACCAUGUUUUUCAAUUCUUUUAGUUUGGAGAUACAAAUUGUGGCAUGUAUCCACCAAAUUUUGACUAGGAAUUUCAAAUUGCUUUCACUGAGAAGACAAGGUAAGGACAGCUUUAUUGGUUAUUAUCAGUUUCUAAGCCACCUUAUGUUUUUACUCAAGCCAACUCCUGGUUCCUACAUGUAUAAUGAAUUGUUUUAAAAAAUUACCACUUUGCGGAAAGAACAGCAUUCAUACAGUCGUGACCAAUAAAAUAACUAAAAUUCAAGACUAAAUUUCUAAGUUGUAAAAAAUAUUUUACUUGAAUAUCUAUAUUUUGAAAACCGAGUUGUAUUUGUAGGUAUAAAUGUAGAUAUUUAUGUGGUAGGGGUUAAAAUUUCUUAAUUCUGUGUUAGGAUACUGAAAGAAAGAAGGCAGCAAACUAUUUCAAACCUCACAUUUUGGAUGUGUAGAUGUCAAUGUCUAUAUUUGAUAUGAAAUGUUACAGUAGUUAUUUCAUUUUCCAAGUAAUAACUUUUAAUUAUAUUCUUUUAGGCAAGUCAGUCAUGUGGCGUAUAAACAUCUUUGCAAUAUUCAACUACAUGUGUAUGAUUAGCCAAUUAAAACAAAAUAUUCCUAGUAUUUUAGUGAUUACUGAUGGACUUUUUUUGUUAGGAUACAACUCUUUCGAUAGAUGAUUCUUGAAUACUAGUACGUCGUUUUCCUAUACAAAUAUCAGUCUGUUCUAUUCCUUGUAUAGAGAAUAAAGAUGUCUUGUACUAU